AUGUCGCUGUCAGUCUUUGUCGCCCAUUCGGGCAAGCGGCUCGACGCCGAUCCCGUCGUCUUCAGCUCCUUGGACGCCCUCAAGGCCUGGCUUAACAAUGCGACCAAGGUUCCGCCCCAGGACCAGAUCCUGCUCACCCCGCGCGGCAAGCACGUCAAGUUGCAGACUCUCCUGACCGAGAAGGAGAUUUUCCUGUACGACCGCGACCUCUUCGCUCUCCCGGCCCCCGAGAAUCUCGACCACCUCGUUCCACCUGAAGCGCUUCCUCAGGACUUCCAGCCGGCGAAGCCGCCCGACACCCUCUCCAACCAGAACGACAUCGCAUCAUGGCAGAACCUGUUCAAGGCGCGUCGCGACUGGGCGGUGGACCUGCGCGAGCAAUGCCGCUCCAUGGCUCAGGCCGCCGCCGAGUGCGUUGGCGAACAGGCCGUCGUCGAGCGCGGCGUGCGCGUCGCAACCAGUAACCACGAGACGCAUAUCCGGAGCCUGGAGCAGAAGCAGCUGGAGGCGCGCGCCUGGUUCGACGCCGUCGCCAAGGAGCAGGACGAGUGCGUGCAGUCGUGGGAGGCCGAUCUCGCCCGCCUCAGCUCCAUUCCCGCCAUCCAGCAGUUCCGCCGCUUCAUCUCCUCCCUCGGCGACGACACCCCGCGCAAGCCAUCCAGGAAGAACAGUGACGCCCGGACCACAUUGGAUACUUUUGUGAACGCGGACAAGGCCCGGAAGGCAGCGUCGGUCAGCAACACGGUUCUGGAUGAGCUGGAGGGUCGCAUCGUGGACAUGGAUGGCCAGCUCGACAAGAUUAGGGCCGAGUACAACGAGCUGCAGAACGCUGUGGACCAGAGCCAGAUGCAUUCCUCGUACAACUACCAUGACGAGCCGAUGCGCUUGUUUGAUGAGAUCGACGUUCUGGUCAAGAAGGUUGAUUCGGACUACGGCCAUGUUCUCAGCCUCCCACCCAAGGCGAUUGCACAGGCCUCAAAAAUGGCGUUACUUCACACCCGCAAUUACCUUCCAUCUCUCAGAGACUACAGCGCCGAGAUGAGUGAUUUGCUCAAGCACUCUGUGGAGCGGAAGAAUUCGGCGGUUCGGCUCGCUGUUGAACAUCUACAGACGAUCGCUGGGAUAGAAUCAACUCUCGCCGGUGCUAAUGCUUCAAUCGCCUCGAUCGAGAUCGCUCCCGAGAGCCAAGAUGCGCUUGAGGCCUUAUCGGUCAUUUCCAAGAUGCCGUAUAUCUACGGCGUUCUCCUGAUCGAAGCUGUGCGAAGGCAAGAAUGGGCGGAGAAGCUGAAAAGAGACUCGUCCUCCUUGGCAGAGGAGAUAGCUGGCUAUCGGGAAGAAGAAGAGAAAAGAAGGAAGAGGUGGCUGAAAAGCAACGGCGACGUCAUUAAUCUAGAAGCCGCUCACGACAACGCUGUAGGAAUUGACAUCAACGUCACGGGCCAGGAUGUCGGUUGGCCUCCAGUGACGCGCCAGGACUUCCAAGAUUAUCUGAAUCUUCUGAACAGCAUCGGCGGACUCGAGGACAGCAUGGACCUACUCGCUCAGGCAUUCAAGGAUAUCGAUCGCCCGACUCGACAACAGAUCAAGCAUGCGAAGGGCUUCAAGACAGGAAGCGUGCAUGAUGGGCUUGGCAAGGGUUCACUUCUCCUGCGUGGAGAAGACGAGACACGCGUCCUUAAAGAGUCAAUGUCCAAGCUGGACGAAGAGCUGAAGAGUUCCAAGAGCAGGGUUCGCAAACUUGAGGAUCUGCUUCACCGUCAAAGCCACAUCAGCCGUCUGUCCAUCGGAAGUGGAGUUGCCCCGCCGACCUCCCAGCUGCCUGAUACCCCUACGGAGCAAUAUCCGCCCGUUGCUUCCCCACGGCUGCAGGACAACUCGUCCGUCACAUCCCGGAGGUAUUCUUCCAACAAAAGUGCCGAGGAAAAGGCCCUGGCCCAGCGUAUCGUACAGCUUGAGAACGACCUCAGGGCGGAGAAGGAGGCUAGGACCAACCUUGAGAAAGAACACUCGGCACGCGCUAAUGCUGUCGACGACCUUCAGAAACACGUCGAGGAACGUAGGUCUACGAACAAGGACCUCAUGGAGAAUAUGGAAUCGAUGCAGAAGGACUGGUCCGACGAACGCCGAUCCCUUGAAGACGAAAUCAAGAAGCUCCGUUACAGAAACGAAGAACUCGAAGAAGAGCUCGAUAGGAACCUGGGCAGCCGUGACAACGAGAGGGCGGGCUAUGACGAGAGAAGACAGGCGCUGGAGGCCGAACUCGACCAAGUACGCAGGGAUGCGGAUGAGGAAGUGCAACGAGAAAAGGAACGAGCUGAUGCUGCUGAACACGCCAUCCAAGAGGCUGAGGCUACUCAGUCUGAGCGAAGGAUUACCUUACAGACCGCGUUCUCCUCACUAGCCAAGGACGAGUCCCUCCCGGAAAACAGCACCCUGUUGGCUUCGGAGCUCGAGAGGCUUGCACAGAGAUCUAAGGACUACGCUCGCGAGCUUGCUGAAGCUGUGGAUAAGGCCAAGUCGGAGAACGAGGCUCUCACCACUGCUGCUGCGAAGCAGCGGAACGAGUUUGAAGCUCAGAUCAGAACACAUGAAGCGGAGAUUGCGGAGAAGAGCGAAGAGCUUGCGGCCGAGAGCGCCAAGGUCAAGGCUUUGUCUGAAGAGCUAAAGGAUGGACAUGGGCAUCUAGAAGACCUGCGACUGAAGUUCGCCGAGGGCGAGACAGGAGCUGACGCCUUGCGUCAACGCGUCACGGAAGAGGAAGCCAAAGUUGAGCGCCUUUCUACGGAACUUGCAGGAGCAAAGGCCCAUGUCACAACCCUCGAAAAGUCUCUGGCCGAAUUACACGAGAAGUACAACGCGCUCCAAGCCAACUCGACCAACGGCGAAUCCAGAUCUGAACAGCAGGCGAAGCGCGCCAGGGAUAUUUCCGAGAGGCUGCUUGCAAACAAUGAUCGGUUGCACAGGCUCUUGGAAACGCUUGGAUUUGCCGUCACGCACCAAGACAAUCAGAUGGUGAUCCAGCGUGCUUCAAAGGUCGCGGGACAGAGUUCCGUUCUCCCUGGAGACGCCUCUGUGGCAAUGAACCGCAGCGUGUCGUCUCCGCCGUCAUCACGGAAACCGCUUGAGAGCUCUCAAAUCCUGGAAGCCCUCAAAUGGACGGAGCAGGAAAACCCUGGUGCCGAAGAAUUCAGGUUCAUAGAGUUCAUGGCUGCCGUCAAGCGCUUCGACAUCGACACUUUCAGCGAAGCCAUCACGAAGCGGAUGAGGGACAUGGAGCAUACCGCACGCAAGUGGCAGCGUGAAGCUCGCACUUACCGCGACAAAUCUCACAGGUAUCAGAGUGAAGCGCACGAGAAGAUUGCCAUCCGCGGUUUCAAAGAGGGAGACCUCGCUCUCUUCCUUCCCACUCGCAACCAAGCCACUCGUCCGUGGGCAGCAUUCAAUGUCGGUGCGCCGCACUACUUCCUUCGCGAACAAGAGUCGCACCGCCUGCACAGCAAAGAGUGGCUUGUAGCGCGCAUCACGAAGGUCGAGGAGCGUGUCGUCGAUCUCUCGAAGUCGAUGGAUGGCACCCGCGGUAGCGAUGGCCGCUCCAUCACCAGCGAACGCAGCGGUAUCUCAUACGAAGACGACAAUCCGUUCGAGCUGUCUGAUGGUCUGCGUUGGCACCUGGUCGAGGCCGCGGAGGAGAAGGUCGGCGCACCACUUACACCAGGCCUCGGCAAGAGCACAGUCGACAGUACCAAGGUGGACGCGAGGGGCAGCAUCCGCAUGAAGAAGAGCCUGAUUGGAAACGACGCGAGCAAGACGCUGAACAAGAGCCUGGAUAGCCGUCGCAGCAGCGCGGGGAGUAAGCGCAGCGUGACGGUCGGCAACAACAACAACAGUGGCAACAGUGGCAGGCCUACGGCGGGCCUCUCCGGACUAGACCAGCAGAACAGUGGCGAGGCUGUCGGAGGAUCAACGGGCGAAGAGGUCAGAGCACCCGUCCAGUCAUAG